UGGUGUGCAGUUGUCAUUUCUCAGAAUAAAAAUCUAAAACUGUUUUAUUUGACAUUUUGAGGCUCAGAGGUCUACUUGCCUGGAAUUUGCAAGCAAGAAAUUAGUUGUCAUGGCAAUGGCUCAAUUUUGCUUCUCUGCUUGCUUGUGUUACAAUUCUUGCUUUCCAAGAAAUUCAAAUCUUUCUCUCACACUUCUGUCGGAUUCACCUAAACGUAAGCCACUAGAAAAUGGGGUGCUUAGUUUCAACACAAUCCAAUGCCGUGUGAACCAUAAUGGGACAGUUGAGCAUUCUGAUAAUGGGUUGUCUAGCUUUCCCGAAAAGCAUUUGCAUGGAAGGUCAGCUAGUGGUUCGAAAUCUCCACCUCCUAGGCCUCGCCGGAUAAUCUUGGUUCGACAUGGGCAGAGUGAAGGAAAUGUAGAUGAGAGUGCUUAUACAAGAAUUUCUGAUCCAAAGAUUGGACUGACAGAGAAAGGGUUGGCUGAUGCUGAGGAUUGUGGGAGGAGGAUAAGGGAGAUGAUUGAGGGGGACAAAGCGCAUAAUUGGAAGGUCUACUUUUAUGUAUCUCCUUAUAGAAGGACAGUCGAAACAUUGAAGGGUUUGGGUAGAGCAUUUGAGCGCUCAAGAAUCGCCGGCAUGAGGGUAGAGCCUCGGCUUAGAGAGCAGGAUUUCGGGAAUUUUCAGGAUAGGGAGAAGAUGAGAGUAGAGAAAGCGAUUCGCAUGCUUUAUGGGCGUUUCUUUUAUCGGUUUCCUAAUGGGGAAUCUGCAGCUGAUGUUUAUGAUAGGAUUACAGGAUUUAGAGAAACACUAAGAUCAGAUAUUGAUAUAGGACGAUUUCAGCCACCGGGCGAGAGAAAUCCAAACAUCAACUUGGUGCUAGUUUCACAUGGUCUAACGCUUAGAGUGUUCCUCAUGAGAUGGUACAAAUGGACAGUGGAGCAAUUUGAGAGGCUGAAUAACUUUGGUAAUGGAGGCAUGGUUGUCAUGGAAAGAGGCUAUGGUGGAAGGUACAGCUUGUUAAUGCACCACACUGAAGAGGAGCUAAGACAGUUUGGAAUGACAGAUGAAAUGCUCGUUGAUCAAGAAUGGCAAAAAUAUGCAAAACCUGGGGAGCUGAACUACGAUUGCCCGAUGCUAAAUUCCUUCUUCACCCACUUCGCUAAUGGUGACGAUGAUGGUAAUCGCGCAGCCGUUAGCCUUGGAGCUGAUACAUGAAAAAUUCUGUAGAGCUUCAAUCUUUACAAAGAAGUUCAAGCAAGGACACUCAAAUAAGUAUAAUAUUGUGACCCGAAAUGUAAAAAAUUUGUAAAUAUGAAACACGAUUAGCAUUGAUAUUAUGAAUUGUGGGAAUCAAACAUGACAAAGGAAGCAAACCGGUUACAGAAGUGGAGUUGAAUGGAAUUUGUUUUUAAUAUUA